AUGAUGAUGCAGUCGCAUGUUUUGAUCACCACCAACCGCAUCUGGGCGGUCAGUUUUCCGUUGUUCUACCAGCGCCACCAUUCUACUAAAACCGCUCUGCUUUUAUGCGUCGGAAUGUGGAUAAUUUUCUGCUUAUUUUUACUGCCCGGUUUACUGGUUGACGCGACGAUUCGCAAUACCGCCGACAAUGUUAACUGCCUGAUGACUACGGAAGGUCAUCCGCUACAGGAGAAAUGGAGUAUGGCUAUUGAAUUCCUGCUGUACAUUCUCCCGGUUUUUAUUAUUCUAUUUGCCUAUCCGGUGAUAUGUUGGAAACGCCAUCAACGGCAUAAAGCGCGAAUGGUGAUUCGGCCCCGGCUGAACACCGGCGAAGGUGCCGUUGUCCCGUCGCUGGCGAAGGCGUCGCGGAGAGAUUCCUCGGAUGGCAUAUCCACCGCUGACAAUUCGCCGCAGCAGCGAACGUCAACGUCCAAGUCGUUCACGGUGUUGACGCUGUUGACCGUGGCGGUUGUGAUCUGCUGGACGCCGCUGGUUAGUUUCUUCACGAUUUCCUUGUUUGCCAAGCGCUACAUUGCGGAGCUGUAUGAAGUGGGGCAGAUAUUAUGGGCGCUGGAGCCGGCAUUGGAUCCGGUUCUGUUUUCCAUUGCGCUUAAGGAUUUGCGCGUCGAAAUUCGAAAUUUAUUUCACGCAUAA